GGGGGGGGGGGCGCGCUCCUGUCUCCGUAUCACUGACUCUUAAAUUCAUUCCCCGGCUUCACGGGACGGACAUGCGAUUGGAAACGCGCGCGCGCAGCGAAGUAAAGCUCCGAACAUGCACGCUGAUUACCAUCAAAUGACACCGAACACGUGCUGUCAUAUUUAGCUGGUCCGGAUCCAAAUUCAAUUCCGAGCUUUGUUGCGCACCAGAGCUCCCAAUUCACAAGUGCGGCUGACAGCUUGUUUGUGUUUGCAUCCUGCUGUUAACUUCUGGGGACGCACGCUGUAAAAUGAGGUUGGGAAGCAUCGUUCUAUUCGUCGCUGUGUGCUCUUUUACCUCUUAUUAUAUUUACGAGCCCAUUCCCGAGGAGAUAGACGAGAGAUGGAAGCUCAUGCUGACCAACUCUUUCUUCAGAGGUCUCAGCCACCUGGCAGACCUCAGUGAGUUACUGGGGCUGAAGGACUACAUGGGAGUGAUGUAUGUUAUUACUCUGCUUGAAAAUGUAGUGCCAGAGUCUGAUGAGCAUGUCAAGGUGACAGAGGAGAGGUUUGAUGGAGUGGAGGUGGUGCUGUAUCAGCCGAAGCAGCGGGGCAGUGACACUGAGCUCAGGAGAGCCGUCAUAUACCUGCAUGGUGGAGGGUGGUGUCUGGGGAGUUCCCGAAUGAGUCCGUAUGAUCUCCUGGCUAGAAGAAUGGUGACAGAGCUGGACGCAGUGGUUCUUUCAGUAGAAUACCGACUUGCCCCUGCUCACCAUUUCCCUGUCCCAUAUGAGGAUGUGUACCGUGUGGUCAAACACUUUCUCCAGAAGCGGGUGCUGGUCCAGUACUCUGUGGACCCAGGACGCAUUGCUGUGUCUGGGGAUAGUGCUGGGGGUAACCUGGCGGCUGCUGUCUCCCAGCAGUUACAAAAAGAAGGUGGGCAGCAGGUUAAGUUGAAGGCCCAAGCUCUCAUCUACCCUGUGCUGCAGGCCCUGGAUCUCAACACGCCUUCCUAUCAGCAGAAUCAAGAUAUGCCCAUUCUGCCGCGCACCCUCAUGGUGCGUUUCUGGAGCGAGUACUUCACCAGCGACAAAGCCUUUUUCAAAGCCAUGAUGGCCAACACCCACAACAACCCUGAGUCUUUCAGCCUUCUGAAGUUUGUCAACUGGAGCGCUUUUCUGCCAGAAACAUAUCAUGGGAAGUACAACUACAGCGCCCCCGCUGUUGUUCAGAGAGUCAGGGAGGAUGUUGGGAUGGACGGACCGUCUCGAUCUCUGGCUGACCCGAGGGCAUCGCCCUUGCUGGUUCCAGACACUGACUUGCACUCACUGCCCAAGGCCUACAUUCUGACAUGUGAGUAUGAUGUUCUCCGAGAUGAUGGGAUCAUGUAUGUCACACGGCUCCGUGCUGCUGGUGUAGAGGUGACACAUGAACAUUAUGACACCGGGUUUCAUGGAGGUCUAAUGUUUACCGUGUGGCCAACCGACUUCCUGAUUGCACGACGCAUGACGGAUAACUAUAUCAAAUGGCUCAAGGAAAACUUGUAAGAACUCUUGACAAUCAAUAUACAUUCCAUUUUUUUUCCAACUAAUGCACCAUUAAUUGAUCAUGUACACAUUUUUUUUCAAUCUUUUGUUUUUGUUUCAGUGUUGUGCUUUUAUCCCUCCAUAUUUUUUUGAGGUACAUUCAAUACAAGUACGAGAACCAGAUUUUCCAAGUCUAGAUCAGAUAAUGUUAAAUGAGAUAGUUUGAGUUAAGUGCUCCAGAGAAAUGCUUUCUUCUGUGAUGGUUUCACAUCAGGGCUACACAUGAAGAAAAUGUAUUAGCCACAUUCCAAAGUGAAUAAUGUUAUAUUUAUUAGUAGAGACAAUGUUGCAACAUUAUACCUCCAAACCUUAUUCACACUAUAUUAUCAAAGAGAGGGGUGAUAUCCUCAGUCAACUUUUAGUCCCUGACCGUAUGCUCUUGCAACUUUCAGAAGAAGUCUUGACUACAUUGAAUUGUCCCAGAGGCAAAAUUAUCAUAAAUGGUCAUGUGAAGCCACUCCCUUGUUUCUUUAUUUUAUUUUAUGACUUGUCACUUAUUUUUUCAUCUGUUGGUGUCAUUACUCUGUGACUCACUGCAUAUAAAACAGCUAACAUAAAGAUAACAGGAAAACAAAAAGUACCAAAAAAUCAUCUGUGUUACAAAUGUCUCUGUUCUUAAAUGUCUCACUGUUCCUUAAUAGGGAAACUGAAAGUCUUAGCUUAUAGGAGUGUCAUUGAUUCAAUGUGUUGCAGAGUUGUUUUUUUUCACAAACUACAUAUUCAACACCAUGUAUUUUUUCAACAAGUGACAGCUCUACACCGUUUUUUGCUAUUAUUUCAAAUGUAAAUACAAGUACUUCGAUGUGCGUUUCAUGAAUUUCCUCUUUGACGACUUAACAUUUGAUUCAUAUUUAAUUUUAAUGUUAUCUGUUAAUAAAUUGACUUGACCUGUA